CUUAACUUCAACGAUUAAUAGUAAUAAAAUCUGAAAGACUUGCAGUCACAUGGAUCAACAUUACAUGAAUUCUGUUUAUGAUGAUAAAAAAAUUAACAACAGAAGAUAUAACUGCGUCAUCGAGACACCUUCAUUCAUGUCACAAUUUAGCACUCGCAAGACAUCUGUUCACCCAGCAGUAGAAAAAUGGUUCAGGACGAUGGACACCAAGAACGAAGGCAAGAUUUCCUCCAGGGAGCUUCAGCAAGCCUUCGAAACAUUCCAAGGAAAACACUUCUCUGACGCAACUUGCAAAUUUGUUGUAAGACUCUUCGAUCUCGACAAAAACGGGGGGUUGGACGUCAAGGAGUUCGAAACGUUAUACUACUAUAUAAAACAAUGGUUGAUCGCCUUCAACACCUACGACAGGGACCAGUCUGGGUUUUUGGACGAACACGAGUUGGAUUACGCUUUAAAACACAUGAGUAUCAAUUUUUCUCCGGAGUUUAUAAGGUUUCUGAUCACAAGAAACAAUCCUAAGGCUAAGAAGAUCUCACUGGAUCAAUAUAUUAUUACCUGCAUACAAAUUCAAAGGUUUACUGAGGAGUUCAAGAGUAGAGAUACCGAAUUUACGGGAAAUAUUACUAUUAAGUAUGAAGAUUUUUUAGAAAUGAUAAUGAGAUGCCUAUGA